ACUUGGUACUUCUAUGCGUCCCUAGCGGUCCUCAGAAGUAUAUAUCAGCAGCCACCAUGUCUGCAUAUUUGCACAAUUUCCUUUCUUUCCUUUGUCAUCAACAAUCAUAAUUUGCGAUGAUUUCGCCGAGGGCGCAUUUUGGGGCAACGUUGACACCCUUGCGACAUUCUCAUAUCUUGCUUGAGAGCUUCGUCAUAUACGAGAGUCGAUCAACUAUAACCAGGAAAAGAAACAAAAGAAAAAAAAGAUCACACGAGACAUCUCCGAAAACUGCUCUUCCCGUUCCCCUAUCUGAUAGACUUCCUCUCUUUAAGUCUGUAUUUUUAGCGACAGGCCUGUCGUCUACUAGUGCCUACAAACCUGGGCGGCAGAAGCCAACUCUUUCAGCAAAAACUUUGCCUUCAGCGUUUCGUUGGGACUUUGUUGGGCGCCUGUUUGUCGGGUCGGGCCGUACUGUUGCAAUGGGGAUAACUCGGACAGGGCCGCGCGCACCUACCCCUCCCAAUGCACGGAUUCAGCAGGACGAAGAAGUGUUUGUGGAUGAUCCAGGAUGGACUUGGCCAGUGGGUUCGCUGUUCGUCGCACCAUUUGAGCAAGCCCUGCGUGAAGUGGUCCACUCGAUAGAUCGGUUGGUAGUUGGCUGUCACUGGCAGCCAUCCAGAUUGGCCAGGCGAACGGGCUGGAUGGACCUUCACUGGAGAUGAGCUUUGAGUUAGAGUCAAGAAUCGCAAACAAGCAGUAUAACUAUGUCUUCAAGUUUUUGAUAUAUGUGAUGUGACCGUGUCCCAUUUCGUAUCAUGAUUUCGC